AUCGAGAAUCCGCUGCGCUGUCUGUUUACUGCAUCAGUCACUGAUCAAAUCAAACUGUCGGCGUUGCACUCACUGGAGAGGAAAAUACACAUAUAAGGUUACAAACUAUAAAGAAACCAUCAUUUAUUCGUUGAACAUACCAAGCGGAACACCAUGGCUUCAGGAGGAGACAGUAAAGUUGGAUUAAGAAAAGAUCAAAAUGCACCUUAUGGAACAGCGGGGACUGUGAAGCAACACCAACAGGCACAAAGAUCGAAAAAUGAUCUAUCCACAGCGAUUUUAAAGCAGAAGACAAGGCCCAACCGGUUGGUUGUGGAUGAAUCUCUCAAUGAGGACAACAGUGUGGUUUCUCUGUCUCAGGCAAAGAUGGAUGAGUUGCAGCUGUUCAGGGGAGACACAGUGCUGAUGAAAGGAAAGAAGAGACGGGAGACGGUAUGCAUCGUGCUCUCUGACGACACCUGCUCCGACGAGAAGGUCCGCAUGAACAGAGUGGUCCGCAACAACCUGAGAGUCCGCCUGGGAGAUGUCAUCAGUAUUCAGCCAUGCCCGGAUGUGAAGUACGGGAAGCGGAUCCAUGUUCUGCCCAUCGAUGACACUGUAGAGGGGAUCACAGGGAACCUGUUUGAGGUCUACCUCAAGCCCUACUUCCUGGAGGCCUACAGGCCCAUCAGGAAAGGGGACAUUUUCCUGGUGAGGGGAGGCAUGCGUGCGGUGGAGUUCAAGGUAGUGGAGACGGAUCCCAACCCCUACUGCAUCGUGGCCCCAGAUACUGUCAUCCACUGUGAGGGCGAGCCCAUCAAACGAGAGGAUGAGGAGGAGUCUCUGAAUGAGGUUGGCUAUGAUGACAUUGGGGGUGUGAGGAAGCAGCUGGCCCAGAUUAAGGAGAUGGUGGAGCUGCCCCUGAGACACCCAGCACUAUUCAAGGCCAUCGGCGUCAAGCCUCCAAGGGGUAUCCUGCUGUAUGGACCCCCUGGAACAGGAAAGACGCUGAUUGCACGUGCCGUGGCCAAUGAGACUGGAGCCUUCUUUUUCCUUAUCAAUGGGCCUGAGAUCAUGAGUAAACUGGCUGGAGAGUCUGAGAGUAACCUGAGGAAGGCCUUUGAGGAGGCUGAGAAGAAUGCCCCCGCCAUCAUCUUCAUUGACGAGCUGGACGCCAUUGCACCAAAAAGAGAAAAGACACACGGUGAGGUGGAGAGGCGCAUUGUGUCCCAGCUCCUCACACUCAUGGAUGGCCUAAAGCAGCGCGCUCACGUCAUCGUCAUGGCAGCCACCAACAGGCCCAACAGCAUUGACCCCGCCCUGAGGCGAUUUGGGCGUUUUGACAGGGAGGUGGACAUCGGCAUCCCUGACGCCACAGGCAGACUGGAGAUCCUCCAGAUACACACCAAGAACAUGAAACUGUCCGACGACGUGGACCUCGAGCAGGUUGCCAAUCAGACUCACGGCCAUGUGGGUGCUGACCUGGCCGCUCUGUGCUCUGAAGCCGCCCUGCAGGCCAUCAGGAAGAAGAUGGAUCUCAUCGACCUGGAGGACGAAACCAUCGACGCAGAGGUCAUGAGCUCCCUGGCUGUCACCAUGGACGACUUCAGAUGGGCUCUAAGCCAGAGCAACCCGUCAGCCCUGAGAGAGACGGUGGUUGAGGUGCCCAACAUCAGCUGGGAGGACAUCGGAGGUCUGGAGGACGUCAAGAGGGAACUCCAGGAGCUUGUACAGUACCCAGUGGAGCACCCAGACAAGUUCUUGAAGUUCGGCAUGACUCCGUCCAAGGGUGUGCUAUUCUACGGGCCCCCAGGUUGUGGUAAGACCCUGCUGGCCAAAGCUAUCGCCAACGAGUGCCAGGCGAACUUCAUCUCCAUCAAAGGACCUGAGCUGCUCACCAUGUGGUUCGGAGAGUCCGAGGCCAACGUUCGUGAGAUCUUCGACAAGGCUCGCCAGGCCGCCCCCUGCGUGCUUUUCUUUGACGAGCUGGACUCCAUCGCCAAGGCACGUGGCGGCAACGUGGGUGAUGGUGGCGGAGCUGCCGACCGUGUCAUCAACCAGAUCCUGACAGAAAUGGACGGCAUGUCCAGCAAGAAGAACGUCUUCAUCAUCGGCGCCACCAACAGGCCUGAUAUCAUCGACCCGGCCAUCCUGAGGCCCGGAAGACUGGACCAGCUCAUCUACAUCCCUCUGCCAGACGAGAAGUCCCGCAUCAACAUCCUCAGCGCCAACCUCAGGAAGUCACCCAUCGCCAAGGAUGUGGACUUGGAUUUCCUGGCCAAGAUGACCAAUGGUUUCUCUGGUGCUGACCUGACAGAGAUCUGUCAGAGGGCCUGUAAGAUGGCCAUCAGGGAGUCCAUUGAGAAUGAGAUCAGGAGGGAGAGAGAGCGGCAGACCAACCCCUUAGCCAUGGAGGUUGAGGAGGACGACCCUGUCCCAGAGAUCCGUAAAGACCAUUUUGAGGAGGCCAUGCGUUUCGCCCGCCGCUCAGUCAGCGACAACGACAUCCGCAAAUACGAGAUGUUCGCCCAGACGUUACAGCAGAGCAGAGGCUUCGGCAGCUUCCGGUUCCCCACUAGCUCUGCGCCAGGCGCUGGGCCCAGCCAGGGCUCUGCUGGUGGCAGCAGGGGUACAGUCUUCAACGAGGACAACGACGACGACCUCUAUGGUUAAACCGCACCGUGGACCAAAACACAACCACGCGGUGGACCAAAGUUUCCUCACAUACAUUCUGGAAAAGCUGUACAGUGCCGCAACACACACACCUAAUACCACAACUAAAACAAAAAAAAUGCCUAUUUAAUAUUAUUUACAAAACUCUCUCACCCCCCUUUAAUAGUUAGAGACUGCAUGUUGCAGCUUGUCUGUAUUCUGGCUUUGGGGGACAUGUAUUCAUUUCAAAACUUGUAAGGAUUUACACAGAAGGCUGUGGGGGAUUGGGUAGAGUAUAUCUGCCUUACCAGCCACUAUUGAAGGAUUCAAUACUAGCCUGUAAUAAAAUGAGAGGGAUUGCUUAUGACUUGUCAUUUUUUUAAAAUAAAUUUAUAUAAUGUAAUAGGGAUAAAGAAAUGUAUGAAAUGAAAACAAUAAAUGAACUGGUGAAGUGGGUGUCAGUUUUGCUUGCAUGAAACUUAAUUGUACAUUUUUGGAUAGAUCUUUUGAAAUGGGAAUGAACUUCAACCAUGAAACCAAUACACAAUCUUUAUUGGAAGUUUAAUAGUGCAUUAAGUGAAAAAUACAAGAAAUGUGUGCACAAUCAAAACGUGCUUUUAAACAUUGAAAGUUGUGUGAAAUGAAUGCAUUACAAAAAAGUGAAUCAUACAAGUAAGUGUCUUGGAAUAAAUGUGAUUUACAUGA